GAGGUAAGAGGACGCAGCUCCAGCAUGUGGGACCAACCAGUAGUGUUUGAGAUUUUGUUCAGUUAGUGCGUGUAAUCUGGUACACUUCCUGGAAAACCCACAAGAAGAUAUACAUUUGUUGCUUGCAUUUGAUUCCUCGCUUCUUGGAUUCAAAUUCGUGCUUUGAGGAGAAAGGAUGCCAGGACAAUGCCCAAGGUGCCAGAAGGCAGUGUACUUUGCUGAGGAGAAAAUUGUUCUGGGACGCCCGUACCAUAAGAUGUGCAUCAAGUGUGCCAACUGCAACAAACUACUUGACAGCAGCACAUUCACUGAGCAUGACGAGGAGAUGUACUGUAAGAGUUGCUAUGGCCGUCUUUUUGGCCCAAAAGGCUAUGGCUAUGGGGUUGGUGCAGGGGUUCUUUCUAUGGAUGAUGGCACAAAGUAUGAGAAUGGUCCUCCCAAGAGCAAUAUCCCAGCAACCAUGGAAGCUUAUGUAGCACCCCUGAAGGAGCCAGCACCAGCAGUCAAACCAGUGCGACCCAAGUGGGGAGGUGCUGACUACUGUGUCAGAUGUUCAAAGCAGGUGUUCAUGGCAGAACGGAAAAUGGCAGCAGGAGGUGCAUGGCACAAGGCAUGUUUCAAUUGUCGUGAGUGCCACAAGUGCCUUGAUUCUCAUUCCAUUCGUGAACGAGAGCAAGAUAUCUACUGUAAUCCAUGCUACGGCAAGAACUUCGGACCCAAAGGAUACUGGGGAUGGUCAUCUGCUAAAGUGUCAUAAAUAUUGACACGAGUCCUCUUGGCACAUUGAUCUGGACUCAUUUCAUCAUUAUCUGUUCAAGCACCUAGUUUAGAUCUCUAUAAUUUAGAAGGUUCACAUUUGUCAUAUUCAAAAAUAUUUUAAUCAUUAGUAUGAUAAUGAAUUAUAGUACAUGUACUGUAUAUAUGUAAGGUGUUGUGAAACAAAAACUGAUAUACAAAUAAUAUGAUAAGUUUAUUAUUAAUACAAUAAGCUGGAAAUUUCAUUAAUAUUGAAUUAUUAAUGAAAUUAAGUAAGCUAAUUGCUAUUCACUGAUUGUUAAAAAAUAUAUAUAUAAGUAUAUUUUUGAAACUAAAGUAUACCUGUCAGUACUAUGGAACUGGUAUACCCAGUGAAUUCACACUUUCCAUUAUAUUUCUUUCAUGCUGUCUUCAGAGCAUCAGGCACAAGAUUCUCAUUGUGAUAUUUUGAGUGCACUAUCAAGGAACGUAAUUAUUUCUUUAAUUACUAACAUAUCAUUUAAUAUCUACUAUUUUUGGUGUUCUUGAUUUACUUUUUUUUAUUGUCAUAGUAAUAAACAAAGGUACAUUUAAACAUGUAAUGUAAAAACAGUUGAUGAAACAUGCUCAUAGCCAAAUAAAAUGCAUUUUGCAGCCACUUUCUGCAGCAAGUAAUUCAAGCCUUUCAAAAAGUAUUACAAAAUGUUUUAGUUAUGAAGAACAAAACUUAGUAUACUAUAGAUCAAUUGAACCAAUAAAUCAUGUAAUACUUUUUUUCCUCUAUGUGGCAUGGAGGCAAAAAUCUGGCUUUGUGAUGAUUUUCAGUCAGUUUUUCUAUUGUGGCUUGUUUGUGAUUAUAGAACUAGAUGAUAUUGAUCUGGAUGUUGUUAAUUUAAAUUGAUUGGUUAGCUCUCUGAAUGGAAUAUUUCAUGUUAACAAUAGUGUUUUCUUGUUCCCAAAGCAUUACUGCCACCCUCUUGCAAAAUUGUGUUGAAGGAUGCUACAUACUAGUUUCUAGUAAAAAUUGUUGACAAUGUAUCUUCUCAGAAACAUAAUUAAGAUAUUAAAUUACUGUCAUCUAGUAUGACUGAAUAGCG